AUUGUCAUUGUUAUAAAUCCGAUCAUAAUAAUGAAAUUGAAAUGUACAUUAUCAUUAUCAUAAUAAACAUGAAUGUGUAGUGUGGAAGUGCGUGUAAUAUUAACAGAAAACCUCUUCAAUUUUAAUUUUUCUAGCUGAAUAUUACCAAAUGCAUUGAUAUUUCAUUCAGGAAAUGAAAUAUCGACGUGUUUUGAACUGCAUGAUAUUCAACUAUUUUGUUUGACUAUUACAUUUUUAGUUUUGUUUCAUUGAUAUUUACCUCGGAUUUUUAUCCAAUUUUAUUUAUGACCACCCUUGAGAUUUCUAGUUUCUACUCGUGGAAGAAUGAUACACAACACGAGACAUAAAAUCGAGUUGUCCCGGGUAUUUUUUGAAGAUGAUGCUCUGAUAAACAAAAAAUUGCCAAAGGAAUUGCUUCUCAGGAUUUUCUCAUACUUGGAUGUUGUGUCAUUGUGUAGAUGUGCACAAGUAUCACGGUCGUGGAAUGUCCUCGCACUUGACGGAAGUAAUUGGCAGCGAAUUGAUUUGUUUGAUUUCCAAACUGAUGUGGAGGGACCGGUGAUAGAAAACAUAUCUCGAAGAUGUGGAGGUUUUUUAAGAAAAUUGAGUCUUCGUGGCUGUAAAUCAGUAGGAGAUGUUUCUAUGACAUUUCUCGCUUCUUCCUGCUGCAAUAUUGAAGAUCUCAAUUUGAACGGAUGUAAGCAAAUCAGCGACAACACAUGCCACGCUCUGAGCAAAAACUGUCCGAAGCUGCAAAGAUUGGACCUGACCUCAUGUUGUGCAAUAACUGAUCUCUCACUAAAGGCUCUCUCAGAUGGCUGCUCACAGUUAACACACAUUAAUAUCUCAUGGUGUGAAAACAUCACCGAAAAUGGUGUUGAGGCUUUAGCGAAGGGUUGUAAAAAGCUUAAAUCUUUUAUCUCCAAAGGAUGUGUCCAAGUAACGGAUAAAGCUAUUGGCUGUUUGGCUGAGAAUUGCCACAAUUUAGAAGUGAUAAAUCUACUCGGUUGCAUUAGUAUAGAAGACGAAGCGGUAACAAAAUUAGCUGAGAAUUGUAUGCGAUUACACUACCUGUGCUUGUCAGGUUGUUCUCACCUGACAGACACUUCGCUCAUAGUUCUUGCUCAGCAAUGCCACAUGCUUAGUACGUUGGAAGUCGCGGGUUGCUCACAAUUUACAGACACAGGUUUUCAAGCACUUGCGCGUAGCUGUAGAGUACUAGAGAAAAUGGACUUGGAAGAAUGUGUACUUAUUACUGAUACUACUUUAAUACACUUAGCUAUGGGUUGUCCUCGCCUUGAAAAAUUGUCGCUGUCACAUUGUGAGCUGAUCACCGACGACGGAAUUCGUCAGCUCGGAACAUCGCCGUGUGCCGCUGAACAUUUAACAGUUCUCGAGCUGGAUAAUUGUCCUUUAAUCACAGAUGCCUCCCUAGAACACCUAAUAUCGUGCCACAAUCUGCAGCGCAUAGAGCUGUAUGACUGUCAGCUGAUCACGAGAGCUGGCAUUCGUCGACUGAGAAAUCACCUGCCCAACAUCAAAGUGCAUGCUUACUUCGCGCCUGUCACUCCACCCCCCUCGACAGGGGGCUCCAGACAACGAUAUUGUCGCUGUUGUGUGCUGCUCUGAAUAUUAAUCACUAUAGUGAGGUCCACGUUAUAAUGGCAGCACCUGAUUAACAUCCUUGCUAUCCUUGUCUAUCAUUCCACAAAACAUAUAGCGCUAUCCUAUUCUAGCUCCGUUACCAGAUCGUUUUUCAUCAAUGUAAAAAUAAUUGAAAGAAUAAAACGUUGAUAUUGUCAAUACCGGAGUGAUCCGUGGUCUAGUGGAUAGAGUGCAUGCGUAGCAGCAUAGAGAUCCCGGGUUCAAACCCUCUCAAUACCAAAAGUUUUUUAACCAGAUCACUCCCGUGUUAUCGGAUGGGCACGUUAAACUGUCGGUCCCGGCUGAAGUAUAACAGUCGUAAGGCCCAUUGACGGCUUAAAUUAUAUAUUCAGGCGGUGGGACCUUCCCGCAAGGGACUCCCCACCAACAAAAGCCAUACGAAUUUACUUUAUUUACUAUUGUCAAUACCACUUUUAUUUAUUUGAAAAUUAAUUCAUAAUACAGAACCAGGUUUCAUGGUAAUACCUACCACAUCUUCACCUAAACUUAUAUGUUUGUUGUUAUUGAAGGAACAGAUAAUUCAAUUUUAGUUGGAAUUGUAAAAGGGAAGGAGAAUAAAAAUUGUUUGUGGGAAUAAUGAUGGAAUUAAACUAUGCUAAUAUUUGUAGAAAGGAAAAUUCUAUGUGUUGGGGUUAACACUAUCAUUAAUCCAUCUAUUCCCACUAACAAUUUUCAUUCUCCUUCCCUUUUACAACCCCAACACAUAAACUAAAAUUGACAACAAACAUAUUAGUUCAGCUGAAGAUGUGGUAGGUGUUACCAUGAAAACCUGGUUCUGUAUUAUGAAUUAAUUUUCAAAUAAAUAAAAGUAGUAUUGACAAUAUCAACGUCUUAUUCUUUCAAUUAUGGAGAAAUACCACCACAUCUCUUACCAUACAAUCAAAUAAUGUAAAAAUAUGUCAGCAACAAAAUAUUCAAUCUCAAUUAAAAUCUAUUUUUUCUUGACAAACAAAUUAUAAUUUAUGAUUUUGAACAUUAAUAAGCAGUUAAUCAGAUAUACCGGCAUCACCUAUCCUUCAUAGAAGGCAUAGAAUUGGCAAUGUUGUUCUCCUAUCUUUCUCCACUGCCAUUAUAACGUGGACUUGACUAUAAACUGGGCUCCCGUUGACACUGACAACACCGCAACUGUCGUCCAACUCAUUCAAACCGACACAUUUUUGAAGGUCAACCUUAACAGUAAUAAUACAUUUUAUAAAUCUCCUAAAAAUGUAAACAUCCGUUCCUGUUGAUCAAGGAUCUUGAUUGACUAUUGGUUUUUUAGCGUAGAAAUUUAUUUUUAGGGAAAAAUAGUUAUUUGUGCAACUAGGGCGCAAAGUGACAGUUUGCUGCACUAAAAGAAACGUUUAUGCACAAGCUGUAGGCGAGUGCGGAAUGGUUUCUUGAGUGCAGCAAAGGAACUUUGCGCACUUAUUUCACAUUAAAUUUUUCCUACAGUUACCAUUGAAUAUGAAAAGUGAGUAAUUAUGGGUAGAAUGUCCUGAAAUCCAUCCAAUGUUUGUGUGUAUGAUUUUGUAAUUAAUAACAAAUUUAAUUUUAAAAUUGAUAAUUCAAUAAAAAAUUGUUUUCUUCUAAAUUU